GCCGUAAACGUAGAGAAGACUCAACUCUGGUUAUAGAGAGCCUGUGCAAGAAUACGUCCGCACAAGAACGCUGCAUAAUACGCGCUCCUGACUUUGUAUCGCAACUUCAUACACCUAUUAAGCUGAUAAAUGAUGUAAAAAUAAUCGGGUUUUAUAGAAAGCGGCGUUUUGCAAGCGUUGCCAUGUUUCGUUGACCGGCUGGGUGGCACCCCGGCUCCAUAAAUGAAUCUAUCAAUAACAUCUUGUAGGUAGUAGAUUGCAACAUAAGAUGGUGUCAUCAGCGGUGCGGGUCGUGUUGCGGGCGCGGCCUUCUGAGGUCGCCUCGCUCAUAAACUUCCUCCCAGACAAGAAGGGCGUCUCCAUAGUCCAGCAGAAAGUCAUCGAGGGGAGACCCGGUGGUGGACAGCCUGCAGCACAGAACUAUCAGUUCAAGUUUGACAAUGUGCUCGCGCUGGCGAGUCAGGAGGAGGUGUACGAGGCCACAGCCGCGGAGGUGGUACGCGGCGCACUGGAAGGGUUCAACGGAACCAUUAUGUGUUACGGGCAAACAGGCGCGGGCAAGACGUUCACGAUGAGCGGCGGCAAGCAAAGCUUCAAGCAGCGUGGCAUCAUCCCGCGCGCGCUGGGGCAGCUGUUCGCGGAGGUCAAAGCCAUGCCGGACCGGGAGGCGCGCGUCAGCGUGCAGUACCUGGAAAUCUACAACGAGGCGUUAUACGACUUGUUGGACAUCACCACGCAGCCGCAUGAGAUCAGCAUCUACGAGAGCAGCAAGGGCCAGGUGACGGUUUCCGGGCUGCGCACGGCCGUGGUGGCGUCCGAGGCGGAGGCGCUGGCUUUGCUGUUUGAGGGCGAAACCAACCGCGUAAUUGGUGAGCAUCAGCUCAAUCGCGAGUCGUCCCGCUCCCACUCCAUCUUCACCAUCACGCUGGAGCUCAAGCCAGUGGGCGAUGCCGGCGGCGACGUACUGGUGUCCAAGUUGGCUCUGGUGGACCUGGCGGGCAGCGAGCGCGUGUCCAAGACUAAGAGCGAGGGACUGGUGCUACGGGAGGCGGGCCACAUCAACAAGAGCCUGUCCAUACUGGAGCAGGUGAUCCUCGGCCUGGGCGACAAGAACCGUGACCACGUGCCUUUCCGGUCGUCGAAGCUAACGCACGUGCUGAAGAACAGCCUGGGCGGCAACUGCCGCACGGUGCUGGUCGCAAACGUGUGGAGCGACGCGGCGCAGACGGACGAGACGCUCAGCACGUGCCGCUUCGCGCAGCGCAUGAUGCGCGUCACGUGCGAGGUCAGCGCCAACGUGGUGCAGGACAGCAGCGCGCGCGUGCGGCAGCUUGAGAGGCAAGUUGCGGACCUGCAACAGGAGCUGGCGAUGCACGAUGCCAUGGCCAUGCGUGGCGGCAUCUCCUACUCGGCCUACAGCGACACGCAGCGCGCUGAGCUGCGGACGCGUGUGCUUGACUUCCUGAUGGGUGUCGGCAGCAGCGGCGAGGCGGCGGCGGCGGCGCCCGGGGUUGCGGCGGAGAACAUUGAGCCCUUGGAGCUGCACAGCCUGCGGCACAUGAAGGAAAUCCUCUUCGCGUGCAGGCAUUUGUACCGAGAAGCGCUCCAUGGAUUGGGGCCAGGGCCAGGACACGGCUCCGGUAGCAUGGUGGCGGCAGGAGGUGGAGGAGGUGGAGGCAGCAGCUUUCCUCCCGCACCGACCGGCGCUCGGCCCGUGUCUGGCAGUAGCACCAGCGGGCCUGCGGCGGGUGGCGGCGCCGCUGCAGCCCGGCGGCUCAGCGGCACAGGUAACGGCUCUGCAGGCGCUCGGGACAAGAACUGGCAGGAGUACAGCGGUGCUGGCGGCGACGCCGCGCCGGGCGUUGGCAAGGCCGAUGGGCUCGGGGGAGCGGGCGUGGCGCCAGACGCUGCACGGCCCGGCAGCAGCAGUGGAGGCGACGACGCCGGCUCGGGACUGGCUGAGAGGCUCCUCAGCCAGCAAGCUACCGGCAGCAGCGGGCGGCCAGCGGUGGGCGGGGGCGCGAGCACGGCCGUGGUGGCACCGGACAGGGCGACGGCGCUCGAGGACUACAAGGCGGGGCCGGGGGCACUCAAGGCGCAGCUUCUGGCUGAGAACCGCACACGGUUGAAGACGGGGCGCGGGCGGGCCAAGGAGCUGGCACUGGCGGUGAACGCCGCCAAGCGCGAGCUUGACGGGCUGAAGAAGCGGGAAGAGCAGCUCAAGGGGCAGCGCGUGCAGCAGCAGGGCGAGGGCUCCCAGGUCCUGGACGCGGAAGAAUACGACGUGCUGAUGCGCAUCAAGGAGCUCAAAUCCUCUUAUAAGGAAAACUACAACGAGCUGCAGGUGGUCAAGUCCGAGGUCGACUACACGCAGGGCCUGGUGGACCAGUGCAACAAGGAGCUGCUCCUGGAGUUUGCGCAGUGGUACGAGUCCACGUACGGCCGACCGCCAGCAGAUGAUGGCGGCGGCGGCGGCGGCGCGGACGAGGACCGGCUGCCAUCGCCGAGCGGCCGUUCCGUCGCGGCGCUGAGCGGUGGCGUCAGCACACCGCCGCGGCCCGGCGUGUUGUCAACAGGCCCGGGCGGCGGUGCAACGCCGCCCUCGCGCAGCGGCCUCACGCCGCCGUCGCCAAGUGGGUCGGUCAUGUCUACGGCCAGCGCGGCCAGCGGCGGACGGUUUGGAGGCGUUGGCGGGAAGCCGGGUGCGCGGCCGCCGGGCGGGGCCGGCAAGGUGCCCCUGAGCAGCCUGGUUGCGCCCUCCGGGGAGGAGCUGUCCAGUCCUGAGGCGAUGGCCUACUACAAUGCACAGCAGGUCUUGCUACAAAAGACCAGCGGCGUGGCGCACCGGCCCGGCAGCGUCAAGAAGCAGCGCGCUCAGCCCGUGUUCGGAGGCGCGGCGGCGCGAAGCAACGUGACAGACCGAGUGGUCCAAGACGUGGGCAUGGCAAUGCACCCCAACCGCCGCACAUGAUUGACGUGGCCGCGCAACUGCGGGCCCUGCAGCGCUGCUGUGCUACGGUAGUGUUGCGCCUGCGUGGCCUGCCGCCAUUGCGAAUGGCCGUGUGUGGAGGACGCGUGUGCGGCAGGGGGCAGGGCAUGUAGCGGCUGGAAUGGCGGCCGGGUGUGUGUGGGAACGGCCAUUGGGCCAGGCCACCAGCGGCAUGCAGGGUCAAGGGAUAGCGCUGCAGCCGCAGGCCGAACUUCAGACAGCACGUGCAAAUGCUAUCGGCCGUUGCGCACAGAGGAUUAAGCAGCGCCGCCAAGCCGAGGCACGCGUAUGAACGGUGCUCCACGUGUCACGCUGCGCGAUCAUGGUAGGAGGCCCGUUGCGAGUGUUGUGUAUCAAGCCAUGGGGCUAAGCAGGCCUAUGUAUGCGGAUGUUACAGAGGGGACAGUCCCAGCACCCGAAGAUGCCGACCCAUGACAGCCAUCACGCCAUCAGGCCUCUGGGGCAUGGAAGUGCGUCAAUUGCCUGAUAUGGUGCAAGAAGUGACACUUGCACCGUAAUCAGUUGCCACCUUGAUGUGCAGUGAUAGGCACGGUGAUAGGCUCAUUUGCAGCGAGGGGCGGGUGGGGUUAUCAGCGUCGUGCCAAUAAGUUGCAGUUUGCUGCUAGAGCGCCGAAGUGAUGUGAUACACGGGGCAUACAGGAGUGCAAGAAGCCGAAAACUUGUUUUCGGGCUGCGUCGGGCUCCCUGGGGGAGGGGGGGUCAUGGGAUGCCGCCCCAGGUCCCUCUUCGUUGCCGGAGGUUGCCGGAGGGCGGGUCAUGGGAUGGGACAAUUCGCGACUAUGGGAAUUCGCGCGAAUUCGGGAAUUAGCGCGCAACUUUGUUGGCGCUCCUAGCCUCCUUUGCUGAUUGCAGACGUUAUUCUCAAGUGUGUUUCUAGUAGAAGCGUUCUUCAAGCCGGUCAAGGGCCCCAAUUUUGACAGUAUGAGUGCCCAAGUUUCCUUCUAGUGUGCUGUUACUCCUAAGCACGAUACCAUAUGUUAUAAGUAUC